UUCAACAUGAAUCUGUGGAAUUAUGACAUAGGUAUUCAAUCACAACCUGUGGCUGCUGUGGAUGCGAGUGUGAGGGCGGCGCCGGUGCCGGUGAAGCACCUUGGUCCGAUCGGACAAGGUCGCUGUCCGUCACCGGCCGGAUGGCCUACUAUAAAAGCCAGCCGGCAACGGUAAGCGCUACUAGUACCCCGAUAGACUCGGCAAGAUGCGUUCCCUCUCGAUGCUGUUGGCCGUCGCCCUGGUGGGCGUGGCGCUCUCACAGAACUUCCGCGGCUUCCGUCCGCCGCGGUUCUUCCGCAACUUUGGCCGCCAGGAGUUCCGUCCCCAGCAGCAGCAGUUCCGUCCCCAGCAGCAGCAGCAGUUCCGUCAGCAGCAGCAGCGGCCGCAGCAGCAGCAGACACAGACCGGUGGCAACGGACUGUGGCUGUCGUGGGAGAACAAGCCCGGCAAGUUCACCUGGGGUGAGGCCGACGCCACCUGCCGCGGACUUGGUCUGCAGCUGGUCUCGCUCGACUCGCCCGGCAAGAACAACAACAUCAACGGCCUGAUCGGCUCCAACAAUAUCGAGUACAUCUGGACCAGCGGCCGCAGGAGCGGCGGCAACAACUUCGUCUGGGGCAACGGCCAGCGGGUGGGCAACUACGGCUGGGGUCAGACGGGCGGCAACCGUCGUCCGCAGCCGGACAACCGCGCCGGCGGCGAGGACUGCCUGGCCGUGCUGAACCGCUUCUACCCGGGCGACGGCAUCACCUGGCACGACGUGCAGUGCCACCACAAGAAGCCCUUCAUCUGCGAAUAGUGCCUCCGCACAGCGACGUGCGAAUGCGCCGGCGACCACUCCGUGCCACCGGCUGACAACUCCGUGAUAUAGCCAAUGCUGAUCUGACCUCGUGUCGAUAUAUUUUAUUAUUUAUUAUGCGGUCGUCUCGGUGAUGUGCCGUUGACAUAUUUAUGCAAUGGCGGUAAUAAAUGGUAUUUGUAUGAAU